AUGCGUGCAGGAGGCAGCGCCAACGCAGUCGUCGAUAUAGCGAAGGAAAAGAGGGGGACGGAUAUCCAUACAGACUUGGAAAAUGGACUGUUCUACCAAGACAACAAAAAGGCAGGCAUAACCGGGACCCAUACGCGUGCCCAUGGCUACACCCUUGAUGUGAAUUCCGCUUUCUCUACCUUCCUGUCAAAUUGUGACGAUCACCAACUGUUCCAGUUGUCGAUGUUCUACCUGGAGCGGCUAGAACAGGCGAUUGAAGAGGGCGUGGAGGGACUCGGCCUCAUGUUAACAGGCCAGGAUCACUUCACUGGCCGUGAAUAUCACAGCGUGACUGAGAUUGCGGAGAAGGGAAACCGAGCGGGCGCUUCCAAACUCCUCCUGGAUCUGGUGAUGGAGAAGGGUUCCGGGGCUCGGAGGGUGAUGUGGGAAUCCUUUGUGAAACUACAUCACCAUUUACCGAAGCUGAGCAGAAUAUUGAAUGAAAUACGGGAACGUGGUGACGGCCAGUUCGCCUACAUGGACACUGAGCGGGGUUUAUCUGAAGUCCCCGCACAUCUGAAAGAUGUUCAACAGAAACAUAAGGAGACUCUGCGGGCACAAACUGAAACACUGAGAGUGAACACGAUCCUGAUGAGGGAGAAGGUGAAGGUUUUCCAGCUGGUCGAUCGAUACGCUGAGCUCACGGUCAUUUCUACUGUUCGAGAUCGGAGACUGGUGGAACAUGAGCUGUUGGCAAGAGGCAGAGACCACGAGGAGUGGACAGAGGAACAUCUCCGGGGUAAGCUGGAAAAAAUCCGGACUGAUCAUUUAUUCAAGAGGAGUUUUGUUCGAAAAUUGAAAAGAUCUUUCUUCGGAAACAAAUAUGGGAUUUCGGCAGCAGUGGCCGGAGUCCCGGGAAUCGGGAAAACAACAAUGGUACAAAAGAUGGUUUAUGACUGGGCCACGGGGAAAAUAUACCAACAAUUCCAAUUUGUCUUCAGUUUCAAAUUCCGAGAUUUAAACGCCAUUAACUACAGAAUAAACCUGACAGAACUGAUUCUGCACCAGUAUCCCUACUUCGGGAAUAUCCUGAGAGGGGUCUGGAAUGACCCAGAGAGAUUGCUGUUUAUAUUCGAUGGUUUGGAUGAAUUCAAAUACAGAAUCGAUUUUUCUGACAGUCGGAGACACACAGAACCCAAGCACCAGUGCCCAGAUCCCGAGUGGUGGUGUGAAGUACCAGACAUUGUGUACAGUUUAAUCCAGGGCAAGCUGCUCCCAGGGUGUUCAGUACUGGUGACCACCCGCCCCACUGCGAUGCAUUUAUUGGAAAAGGCUGAGAUCAGUGUCUGGGCUGAAAUCCUGGGAUUUGUUGGUGAAGAACGAAAGGAAUAUUUCAUCAGGCAUUUUGAAGAUCAGACGGUGGCGGCAGCUGUUUUCAAACACGUGCAAGAGAACGAGAUCCUGUACACAAUGAGCUACAACCCCUCCUACUGCUGGAUCCUUGCUUUGGCACUGGGCCCCUUCUUCACACAAAGAGAAAGUGACCCGCGACGAGUUCCCAAGACCAUCACCCAAUUAUAUUCCUACUAUAUUUACAACAUCUUGAAAAACCACAGCCGUGAGAUUGAGAACCCCCGUGAUGUGUUACUCUGGAUUGGUCAGAUGGCCUUCAGAGGAGUGUCCGAGAAGAAGGUUGUAUUUACAAGUGCAGAUUUGGUCAACUACAGUCUGCAGCCUUCCCAGUUCCUGUCCGGGUUCCUGAUGGAGCUUUUGGAGAGAGAGGAUUCUGCCCGGUGUGUGGUGUACACAUUCCCACACCUCACCAUUCAAGAGUUUGUAGCUGCACUCGCACAAUUCCUUAAUCUACAUCCCGGAGAUAUCCUGAAAUUCCUCGCUACAGCCCACAAGGCGACAGAUGGGCGAUUUGAGGUAUUUCUCCGUUUUGUUGCUGGUCUCUCCUCCCCAAUGACAGCUUGGGGCCUGGAGGAGAUUCUGGGUCGAUUUCCUCAUCAAACAACCUGCCGGGUGAUUGACUGGGUGAAGGAGGAGGUUAAACGCCAGAGUGAAAACUCGAGGAUUGAAGCUGGUAAGAGGAGCCUCCUGAACACUUUGCAUUACGUGUUUGAGUCACAGAAUCGUGGACUGGCUCAGGCCGCACUGGAGUCUGUGGAAACACUUUCAUUCAGUGGAAUAACACUCACCCCGAUUGACUGCGCGGUCCUGUCUCAUGUCAUCGGACUCUGUGAUACAAUAAAACAUCUCGACCUGGAGAACUGCCACAUUCAGUGUGACGGAAUCCAGCGGUUGGGACCCUGGCUGCACAAGUGCCAGGAUUUAAGACUUGGGGCAAAUAAGCUGAGGGAUUCAGGAGUGAAACUGAUGUCCACGGCACUAAGGAACCCGGAGUGUAAAAUACAGAAACUGUGGCUGAACCAUGUCGGUCUCACAGAUUCUGGUGCCGAGGAUCUCUUCUCCGCUCUCAGUAAAAACCGAUCGCUGACGGAGCUGAACUUGUGUGGUAAUAAUCUAGGAGAUUCAGGAGUGAAACUGAUGUUUGCGUCUCUGAGGAACCCUGAGUGUAAAAUGCAGAAAGUCGGGCUAUUCCGCAUCGGUCUCACAGAUUCUGUUGCCGAGAAUCUCGUCUCGGUUUUCAUUAAAAACCGAUUACAGACGGAGCUGUACGUGAAAUCAAACUCGUUCACAGAACGAUAUGUCCCCGCUCUCCGCCGUCUCAUAUUGACCUCCCUAUAUCCAGGUAGAGGGAAAUCAUUUAUGUCUGACCAGAGUAAGGGAACUGGAGGCUCUGCAUGA